AUGCUCACAGGAAGUCUUGACGAUGAGACUGCUUAUUGGGGUACACUAUACGAGAACUCAGCUAGGGUAGUAGAAAAGGAAGAGAAUGAAGUUAAGAAGCUUUUCAGGGUUCAGUCAAACGAUGAUACAUUCUCUGAAAUGGAUGUUAACUCAGUUAAUUUUCGUGAAUUAAAUGACAGGAUCAUCAAAGCUGAAGACGAUAAUCAAAAAACCGUUUUACAACUGAUCUAUAGCUAUUACUAUUUUGGGAAAGGAUAUAGGUUAUGGUUUGAUCAUUAUAAAAAAACGUAUAGUGAUGAUACGUCCAAUUCUCUAGUUAAUGAUAAAAUUCGUGAGUGCUUUCCAGACUAG